AAUAAGGUCAUUCAUUCCUUUUCUCGACACUCAGCAUCUGCCAGUUGAAAUUGCUCAUACAUUCUAUAAGAAUUACGUUCCGUGAAAAUAAAUAAAAAAGUUACAAACGUCUGUGAUGGAAAACAAGGUUUCCGAACUGAUCGAUGAUGGAAAUGCGCGGUUAAAUAACCUCAAAAAUGGUGUCAAUUCAGAUGUGAAUACUGCAAGUUUAAAAGUGGCGGCCAAAGUGAAAAAAGCGAGGAGUUUUAUGGAGUUAUCCGUUAGUACUUCGCAAUCUGUUAAAUCUUUAGGCAAAAAUGAUAGGCGUGUGUUGGUUAUUUAUACCGGUGGAACGAUUGGAAUGGUGAAAAAUAAAGAAGGAGUGUUAAUACCACAGAAAGGAGCUUUCGAGAAUCUUAUCCGAGGGUACCCACAACUACAUGACAAUGUAUACUGGAGGCACAGAUUAAGCGACACAGAUUUCGACACUUCAUUUUUAGUAUUACCAGAGGCCAAAGAGAUCGAUUUAAGGAUUUGCUACAAAAUCGUAGAAUAUGAAACUCUCUUGGAUUCGUCCAACAUGACUGAAGUGGAAUGGAUCCGUAUUGCAGAAGAUAUUAUGAAAUACUAUGGCGAGUACGACGGAUUCGUGGUCCUCCAUGGCACAGACACACUGUCCUAUACCGCCUCUGCGCUAUCUUUUAUGUUCGAAAAUAUCGGGAAAUGCAUCGUUCUCACUGGCUCGCAGAUACCAAUAUUUGAGCCUCGGAGUGACGGCGCGGAUAACUUCGUGUCAUCGCUUUUGAUCGCCGGGGGGUUAAAUAUACCCGAAGUUACUGUUUUCUUUAGCAGCAAGUUGUUUAGAGGAAAUAGAACUCGGAAGGUAUCGGUGAACAACUUAUACGCGUUUGAUUCACCGAAUUGCGUGCCCUUGGUCGAAGUUGGGAUAGACUUUGAAGUGAACAAGAAAGCGAUCUUCAAGCCCAGUACAAUAGAAAAGUGUCACUUGCACGCAAAGAUGUCCAAAAAUGUGGGGCUUUUGAGAAUAUUCCCUAGCAUUAGUUCUUCUGUGAUUAGGGCGUUCUGUCAACCGCCUAUUGAAGGUGUAGUCCUAGAAAGCUACGGGUCCGGCAACAUACCGUCGAACCGCGACGACGUUUUGGAGGCAAUAGUCGCGGCAGUUAAACGCGGCGUUAUUGUCGUCAAUAUCACGCAGUGUAACCGCGGGGCGGUUGCUUCGCCUAUAUAUGAGAGUGGACGGUUGCUGUCGGAAUGUGGCGUAGUAUCGGGCUUCGAUAUGACUCCAGAAGCGGCAUUGACCAAACUAUCCUAUGUGCUGUCCAAGACUGAACUGAAUUAUCAACAGAAAGUUGAGAUGAUGAUGACAAACAUUAGAGGAGAAUUAACAAAUACAUCGUCGAUAUCUAUAGAGGAUAACACACUAAUAGACGCGUUAGCAUCGAGCCUGAAUAUUCAGUCCCCUAAAGUGCUGAUAGAAGUGACUGAGAAAGUGUUCAGCGCUUUAUUGCUAUACGCGAUAGAACAUGACGAUACUAGAGCUGUGAAGAAAAUGUUAGAUAUGGGAGCUGAUGUGAACGCACAGAACUCGGAAGGCAGAACAGUCCUCCACGAAGCGAUUAUAAAAGGAAACCUGUCGAUUAUCGAAUAUUUGCUGAAGAACGGCGCUAAUGUUCAUUUAAAAACUCGUUCCGGCGAGUCCCCGCUCCUAACUGCGGUUCAACACGACAACCACGCCGCCAUUAAGCUACUACUGCAGUGCGGGGCUCAACUCUUAUACACGCCAGUACGAGAACUGGUCUCAAUGGCCGCUCGUUCUGGUCUAACUACGAGAUUGGCAACCCUGCGACUGGCGGGAGUAGACCUGGAUAGUAAGGAUGAACUGGGACAUACAGCUCUACAUGAGGCAGUGCUAUGCAACCAUCCUGCCACCGUUCGCUAUUUACUGGACAAUGGCGCCAAUAAAGACAUACAGGAUAUUCUGGGGUUCACUCCCUUGGACUGCGCUGAGAAGCUCAAAUCUAAACCUAUUAUAGAUAUGUUAAAAAAUAAUUGAAUAGAAUUUAUAUGAAAAGAAAUCUCAGUUGGAUCUGAA